CGUAGCGAAGCAGCAAAACGCCUCUUGGAUUAUCUCUGCAAUCAGAACACACAGGCUCUUCUUUCCUGCAUCUCUCGUUUCCAUUGUCUUUCCCUUUCCCUAUCCGUCUCCACUGAGAAGAAGGGCUAUCCAAGUUGCCCACGAGAAACUUACUUGCUGCCCAAGCACCAAGAAGGAGUGCAAAGAGAGGGGAGAGAAGAAGGAGAAGAAUCUAGAUAUAUAGAGAGAGCGAGGGUGCUUGUACGAACCCUUUUCAUUACCUUGUUGAAUCGAAUCUUUCGGUCAUGUCUUCGUCUUCAACCGGUCAAAGCAGCGCCACUCCAACGGACCCUCCUCAAAGAGGCGACCAGGCAAAGGGAGGAGGGGCCUUUCUGCUCGACGUCUGAUGGGAGAAGAAGGACGCGCAGCAGGCGCCAUUCGGGGGAGUCAGUGUCAGAGAUUCUUGCCAAAUGGAAGGAAAGAAACAGGAUCGCGGAGACUUCGAAGGAAGGCAGACGGAUUCGGAAGGCUCCUGCAAAGGGCUCCAAGAAAGGUUGCAUGGCCGGCAAAGGAGGCCCUGAGAAUCCCAACUGCAUCUACAGGGGCGUGAGGCAACGCACUUGGGGAAAAUGGGUUGCAGAGAUCAGGGAGCCGGAUAGAGGGAGCCGUCUCUGGCUAGGAACGUUCCCCACUGCCCUUGCUGCUGCUCGGGCAUAUGAUGAAGCAGCACAGGCAAUGUACGGUUCCUCUGCUCGCCUCAACCUUCGUGAUUCAAGCGGUUCAAAGGAUUCAUCGUCUCUGACAUCACAGACGCAAGGAGGGACGAGCAUCUGCUACUCGGGGGAAGGCACCGUCUGCCACGAGGCUUCCUCCAGCCAGGAAGAGAUUGGCAACAAGCUCGGCUCGUUGCUCCUCCGUUCUUCUAUGAAAGACGGCAGAGUCCCUCCCUCUGGAAGUCCUACCAGCUGUGGCAGCGCAGCCAGGCAAGAGAAAGCUGAAGAUGAAGGAGACACCAAGAUGGGAAUGGCGGAUAAAGCACGGGAAGAACAAAACUUUGAGCCAGUGGAGGUGAAGAUAGAGCAAGGGGAUGACCCGCCAUUGCUGCAUAAAAACCAGCUGGAUCUGCCCAUACAGGACACCAUGUUUGAUAUCGAGGAGCUGCUGGACAUGCUGGACACAGGGCAGCAAGAGGUUAGCAUGCCUGGUGCUGAUAUGGGUGCCAACUUUGAAAACCGGCAGCUGGAGUUCUCGAGCCCGGAUGCUCUGUCGUUCCAGUUGCAGAACCCCGACGCCAAGUUGCUCGGAAGCCUGGAACAUAUGGAGCAGGCACCUGUUGGCAUGGACUACGGGGACGUGGAUUUGGAGAAGCUAGAAUCCUUGUAUCCUGGAGCACCUUUUCAUGGGAUGAUUGCUCAAGGAGAAGGCCAAGAGCAGGGUUACGGCGUUGGCGACUUUGUGAAUGGGGAAUUUGCUUCGCCGCUGUACUUGCCCCCAUUGUUCCCGUUGGACGACAAAGAAUUAUAUGGCAACCAGAGCGGAAUGUAGGCCUGAAAUACAUGCACUUUGCCCCGGAUCAGUUGUUGGUAGCAGGCGGAUCUUAGCCUUUUUUUUCUUGGGUCUGCUUCUUUCAUGGUUUGGCAUAAGGAAAAAGAAGAUAUGGAGGUGAAGAUAUUGGUAGAGUAAGGGGUUUGAUGGUCUCAUUAUCUCUGCAACUUUGUUUUUCUUUCUUGCUUUGCAUGGAUUGAGAUGGGGACGUGCGGAUUCUCUCGCUGUACAAAUACAAACUGUAUAACAGAACAUAGACAUACAAAGGGUUUCAUUUCAUUCUUUCA